GCAUUUUUUUGGAAUUUGCGAUUUUACUUACAGUGCUUCAUGGUGAGAGAUGUGCGGGGCACUGAUUUUAUGCAAGAUUUUGGGUGCAAUAUGUGUUGUGGAUGCUACCGAGUGAGGCCAACAUUUCUGGAACGUCUUAGGGUUUUCUGUAUUCUGAGGAGUUGGCGUUCUUCGGACGAGCAUCUAGAUUGUUAUCGGGAUUGCCGAUCAUGCUUUCUGCGAGGAGAGAUUGUGAAUUGUGUGGAAAACGAGGAUACUACUGCUUAGAUCUGAAGCCUGACUUGGUCAAAUGUGAAAUCGUCGACGUGAAAUUUGCCGUGGAAUGUAAUACUGCUCUGGUUUCUCGGCAAUAUGUGGACAUGUCCAGGAUACGAAUUGAAGGGUUACUGGCUACUUUUCCGAAGCUUGUUGGUAUCGGCAAGCAGCACACAUACGUAGAAACCGACAGUGUCCGUUAUGUCUAUCAGCCAAUGGAAUCAUUGUACCUUCUUCUAGUGACCAAUAAGCAGAGCAAUAUUCUAGAAGAUCGUGAAACCUUGCAACUGCUCUCCAAGAUCGUACCUGAAUAUGUACCAUCCCUUGAUGAGGAGGGUAUCUGCAGGAUGGCUUUUGAGUUAAUAUUUGCGUUUGAUGAAGUGAUCUCUCUGGGUCAUAAAGAAAACGUCACUAUUGCGCAAGUAAAGCAGUACGUGGAGAUGGAGAGUCACGAAGAAAGGCUGCAUAAGCGCAUUAUGGAAAGCAAAAUUAACGACACAAAAGAUCACAUGAAGCGUAAAGCCAAUGAGAUUGAGAAGAGCAAGAUUGAAAGAGGGAGGAGUGACAAAGGAAACUUUGUUCCAUCUAUGCCCUCGAUGGGUUCCAGCAGGUUUGAUAUCAGCGAUACUAACUCAUCAAUGGGUGGUGGCAUGAAAAUUAAUUCUUCUGGCUUUGGGCCGAGUGUUGAUGCGGAUAUCUUUAAACCCAAAGCUCGUGUUACCUCCACAGCAGUUCCUUCCAAGGGAGGCAUGCAAUUAGGCAAGUCAACUAAGACAAAUCAGUUCUUGGAGUCUUUGAGGGCAGAGGGUGAGGUCAUCGUUGAGGAUGUUGCCCCUGGACCAGUGCGAUCAGAAGCGGCUAUUGCGCCCAUCUAUUCUGAUCCUAUUAUGGUGGGUGUGGAGGAGAAGCUUGUUGUUGUUUUGAGGAAGGAUGGUGGGCUCGAGAAUCUUGAAGUACAGGGUAAUAUGUCUCUUGUGGUCCAGAAAGAAGAACAUGCCUUCAUUCGGGUUCAGGUUGAAUCAGGUGCUAAUAAGUUGUUCAACUUCAAGACGCAUCCAAAUAUUGAUAAAAAUCUCUACUCAGACAAAAAUAUUCUGGGGCUGAAGGACCCUAGCAGGCCGUUUCCCACAGGCAACCCCCUGGGCAUUUUGAGGUGGCGCAUGCAAAACAAGCAAGAGUCGCUUGUUCCUCUAAACAUCAAUUGCUGGCCUUCGGUAUCUGGUGGAGAAUCAUACGUGAACAUUGAAUAUGAGGCCUCUAGAGCUUUUGAUCUCCAGAACACCGUCAUCCAGAUCCCAUUGCCUGCACUUCGUGAUGUGCCAACGGUUAAUCAAGUUGAUGGUGAAUGGAGGUAUGAUUCCAGGAAUUCAUUAUUGGAGUGGACCAUCACGCUGAUUGACAAUUCCAAUAGGAGUGGAUCUAUGGAGUUUGUGGUACCUGCGGCAGACCCAAAUUCUUUCUUCCCAAUAGAUGUCAAGUUUACAUCGAACAAGACUUUCUGCGAUAUGAAGGUUGGAUCCGUGGUUGAAUGUCAAAGUGGUAAUACUGUCAAGUUUGGAAGACGGACGCAAUUGGUGGUGGAUAGCUAUCAAGUUGUAUAAACUUAAAACCAAACACACACAAUUUCACCAGCUAACCUGUAGUGAACCCUUGAGAAGAGAGGUGAUUAUCUCUUUUCUUUGUCCAAGACUAAGAUUGAUGCACCAGAUCAUGUAGAUCGCUGCUGGUAUAUUACCGGUUUUCAGCCUUGCUAUUCUACUGAAUGGUGAUUGAAUCAUAUUUGCUUCGGCGAUUUUCAUACACUAUACCUUUGUAGGUGAUGGUGCGUAUGCACUAAUGAUGGGUCGGGUAGAUGCAAAAGUGAUUUUGGUUAGGAUGGAUUAGUUGGAACGAGAGAAUACGGGUAUGUUUGGACUAGGUAGGAUAAUUGUGGCUGGAAAAGCUGAGCAUUUCUCUCCGCGAGGGUUUUGUUGAAUAUGGCAUCUGUGUAACUUUUUUUU